AUGCAACAGAACAAGGCUGGCGGAAGGUCAGGCAAAGGUGGAGGAAGACGGGGAGGGAAGAGCAGAGGGGGACUACUGCGGGAAGAGGCUCAGGAUAGAAGAACUAGAAACGGGAUGAUCUUGGCCCCAAAAAAAAUCAAAGAACUCUCGAAUGGGGGGGCCCUGCGCGGGCUCGUCGCCCAGCUGGACGGCACAGAUGACGUGAAGACCUGCCAGCUCUCGCCGAGCGCCCUCGGGAUAUGGCACUGCACAGCGUCAGCGUCAAGCUGGCGUGCGCCAGCCCGGUGGCACCACGAUUCGGAAUGGGAAACAUACACAGAACCAGUGACAUCAGCACCAAAUGUGCUAGAAGAGUGA